AUGAAGUUCACCGCCGCCACCCUUUUGAUCUCUGCUGCUCUUGCUGCCGUCGCAUCUGCCGCCCCCCUCGCCAACAGCGUCGACAUCCUCCAAGGCACCGCCACUGCCUCUCAUGCGAUUGUUAAGCGCUGUAGCGACUGCACCCACAACGACGGUCUCGCUCUCAACAUUAUCGUCAAGGCCUCUGCCGAUCACUAUUCGACUAUCGCCCAUACUCGUCUCGACAACCUCAUGGCCGAGAUCCAGACCGCCAAGGUCACCUCUGGCGCCCAGGAUCUCCCCCAAGAGAAGGCUGCUCUCAACGUCGCUGUUCAGUUAAAGAUCGAUGAGGCCAAGAAGGCUUGCUCGCCUGAGGUUCUUGCCCCCGCUAUCAUGGCCACCGUCACCUCUGAUGCCAACCUUGAUGUUGCCUGGUCCAAGAAGGAGGAGAUUGAGAAGAAUAUGGCCGAGUUGGAUAUCAAGAUUACUCAGUUGGUAUUGGAGCGUAUCCAGGCAAACAUUAACGCUGAGCUCUUGUCUAAGGACUGCACCGAGAAGAUGACCAACACCGAGAUCGUCCCUGCCCCUGCUGAGGCCCCAGCGCCUGCACCAGCACCAGCCGAGGUCCCCGCUCCUGCUCCCGCACCAGCUGAGGUUCCUGCUCCUGCUCCCGCUCCUGCUGAGGCCCCUUCUCCCGCACCCACCGGUGCUCAGGCCGGUAUCGAUGUUGCCGCUAGUGUCGAUUCUAAGUUUGUGUGCAAGACUGGAUGCAGGGACUCGAACGAUGCCAAGAACGUCCUCUCCCUCCGUGUCAGCCUUGAAAGCGAGUUGGCCCCCCGUCUCGAUCAUUUCUACCAACAGGAGGUUCCCACUGCCUGUACCGAGAACCGCGAGACCCUCUUGGGUGGUGUUCUCAACUUGAUCGCCGACUUCAACGUCAACGUCCAGGCUGAUGUCAAGAACUAG